GAACAAUCCAGUUACGUUGCCGACGUUUCGACGGGCAGCAUCGGCAUGGCGACGCAGCCGGCAGCCGUUGGGAGCGCCGGCACAGCGAGUCGGAUCGCGGAAGGCGGGCAUGACCCUCGGCAGCACUGCCUUCUGUUUGGCCUUCCGAUAGUACUUUAUAAUCAACAACUUCCGGGCUAUGUUGGCGCCGAAGGCUUUGGGGACUUGCGCGUGACACUCCUUAAGACGUCUCGGCAGCACGUCCGACCAGCAGACUCCUCGUCGUUAGACAGUGUCGACGUCGACAACGAGCUGGUGCGUCACAAUUUCAACGAACGAGUGUUCGUCGUCGUGCCAGCCCAGCAGCACGCCGCGUCCACAGCCUUGCGAAAGUACCUAGCGGAUCACGACGCGGACCCCAUGUCGGCGCUCGAAUCUCGCCUGCGCGAAAGCGCGCGACUGGAAAAACGCUUGAACGACGACGCUGUCCACGCAUCAUGCGGCCAAGUGGUCACAUAUGGCCAAUCCAUCCAGCUGCUUCACGUGAACUCGUCCAAAUUCGUGGCAGUGCGACCACGCAUGCUGUCGGACACAGAGCGCGACGCGAUGAAGGUCGAGCUUCUCGCGGAACCGUUCGAAGACGCACACUUUCAGAUCCAGUCGCCGUACCGCCACUUGUGUCCUGGCGACGAAGUCCUGCUCCACGAUGACGUUGUGUUUGCGAGCGGCACGUGGCAGGUACAACUCCAUGUGGGCUACAGACUGUCGAUGGCGCAGCACGCGGCAGGGGGCGGCUCCGACUUUGUCGAGGUCAACGGGUCGGCGAGUGGCGAUGCGUUCUACAUUCAACGGUUUGCACAUAUUGAUGCACCGACACACUGCCUUCGCGGUGGAGACCUUGUCCGGUUUCUGCACUGCCGAGUGGGGACGUUUCUAUCUAGCGAAGGGGACGCCGUCCGCCUUUGUCACCAGUCGAGCGACGAAGGUGGAGGGUUCCAUUCGGUCCAGAGCCUCUGGCAAGUUCAGCACGUCGAUCUCUUGAACGGAAACGAGGUGGCCGUGUCCAAUGUGUGCUGCAUCCGUCAUGUCGCCACGCGCCAGUUCCUCGUUGUUCAGGACAUCAAUGGGUGCCCAACGUGCACGUUGACGCCGCAUCGGACCUCCAGGAGCCACUUCACACUUGCCACCGAGUCGUUUCUGAGCGGGCGGCUCCUGCGCCACGACCGCCCCCUCUUCUUGCAACACGUGACGACAGGGGGAUGGAUCGGGCUCCCACCUGGCGCCACGGAUCCUACCGCCGCCGUCGUAUCCAACGCAGCCACCAGCGUUGAAAAAUCCAACGCGUUUCGGCUUCAAAUCAUCCAGCCUUCAGAAGCCACCGAGUCUCUGUUCUUGUUGUCGCUCUUGCCCCAGCUCCAAGGCGUUCACGAUGAGCUCGGUCGCCUUGUCCACCAGAACGGCGCUGACCCGCACAAUCUGCGAAGCUCCACGUUGUGGAUUGUUCACAUCCUGGACGAGCUGUCCCGGUUCUGUAUCGACACAAGGGACGACCGCGGCGCGCCGAUUGCAGCUCGUCAAAAUGUCCUCGUCGAGAUGGACUGCAUUGGGCUGGUAGUGCGGCUGCUGCAGCAGCCAUUCGUCGACUGGGCUGGGCCGUUGUCGAUGGCCGUUUUCUGCAAUGCCGCAGACGGCGACGCGCCGCCGUCCAGUGCGACAUCGUCGGACCUUUGUAGCUCCAUUCGUACGAUCUGCCAGCACAGCUACAAGCUCCUCGUGCACCUCGUGCGGCUGAAUUCGAAAACAUCCAUCGUGUGUGCGGCGCACCUGGGAACGUUUGGUCGGCAGGUUGGGUUUGACGUGCAUGCCGAGGCAUUGGUCCUCGAGCUCCUGUGCUCGUCCGAGUCGUUGGUGACGGCCAUUUCGGACAACGUGGUCACGCUCUUUGUGACAUUGCUUCGAGAACGUGGCCGCCAAGCGGAUUAUGUCGACUACCUGACCAAGUUGUGCCAGUUCAAGGCGACUGGCAUCCAAGCCAAGCAAGUCGCACUGUGCGGGCACUUAUUUCCCACCACCGCCGCCACGGUCGCAGAGGUCGGGAUCCUGCUCGACGUGCACGUCACGUCAAACCAUCAACUCACCGUGUGCCACCCGUCGACAAACGAAUGGACACCAAUCGCCCAGCUGGUGGCGGCGGACAAAGGGCUCGCUCGAUACUUUCUCGCCACGAUCCGCAUGCUCUCGGCCAUGUGCUGUUCGCGCAACUACAUUGCUAUCCACGCCGUGGAGAAGCAGUUUCCUCGAGAUGCAGUCGUUGCCGUCGUUCAAGAUAGCCGUGUCCACACCAAGAUGCGCGCGGCGUUUUGCCGAUUGCUCGCAGCCGUGUACGUCGAUCGGUUGCCUCACGAAGUACUCCCGCGGCCGAAGCGCGUGUUUGUGUCUCCCACCGUGAAGAUGCCGCCUGGAACAGAAGCUUCUGUCCCGAACCCAGUCUCGACCGAUCGAAACGAUGCCGACGGGUUCUUUCCUGCGCUCAAGACAGUGCUCAACGAGACGUUGGCAGCUUGUCAAGGCACCUUGACUGCGUCCCAGAGUCACCUCCUACUCGGGAUGCUACCGCUGUGUAUUCAAAUGCUGUCGUUUGGUUGUUAUACAGACGAAUCCGAGCUCAAGACGCUGGUGCAAGCUCUCGUCCCAUUGCUCCGCGACCACAUGCAGACGAAACCCAUACCGAUAACGUCGACGUCGCCUCUCGCGCGGCUUCGAAAUACCUCGCUGCGACCAACACCGCUUCCUUCGUCGAUCGAAGAUCGGCCAGCUGCGCCGACAACUUCCACGUCGUCGCAGACAUGCGCCAGCGGCCCGGCAUCAACAGCCCAGAUUCGCAAAGCCUCGAUAAGCGAACAGGCGCAGACACCACGGAAACAACACUCGAUCCAUAAAUGCAAACUCCUGCUGUGCCAGAUCCUCACGUGGACGUUGCGACUGAGUAUGGAUGCACAACUGGAUGGGAUCGUGAGCUGGUUCUUUACCCAGUCCUUCGUUCGUACCGAUGCAUCUGGUGUCAGCCCAGCCAAGGUUUAUGCAGAGCUCGAAGCCAAGUGGAUGGCAAAUCACGCCGCGAUCGGGACGUCGUGCGAAUCGAUUCUUUGUGGCGCGACCUUGUUUGACCGACUCGUGCAUGGCCAUGACUGGACGGCAGCGCUCCUGACGCUCGUGGCGUCCGACUACCCUGCUCUGGUGUCUACCGCUCUCGACUUGCUCGGGAGCUCAUUCAACGUCCACCGCGAGCUGCGAAAGCACUUGGAACAUGUCAUCGUUGUGCCGUCGGACCAUGCCUACUCCAUGUACACCAACAUGCGCGUCAGCGCGUCGGUUCUGCGUCUCUACGAAGAAACGAGCGAAACGUGGCUGUCGAUGCGGGCGGGAGAGACGUGGAAGGACGUCCUGAGCAGCCUCGAGUGGUUCAUCGACGUCCUGGCAACGACCGACGAUUUGACGCAAAUUCAGGAGCUCGUUCGCGGCCUCGGUGUGGACGACCUCGUUGUCAACAUCACGCGCAGCCUCGGCAACUUUCUCGUCGCGACGCCUCGCACUGCGUCGAACCGAGUGUUUCUGCGGCGCCAAGAGCAUUUGUUGGACGGGUGCUACCGCUUCUUUGUGUUGUACACGUGGCAAAACACACCCGCCCAGACAAAGCUCCACGACCACGUGGAUUUUUUCAAACACUGCGUAAGCCAUCGCCACAUGCCCGUCGCCAUCUUUUACGCCAUCUACCACAACAACGUGGCAUUGUGCCGAGCGCUGCCGCCUUGGUUGGUCCCGUUCGUUGUCGAUUUGAUUGACCAAACUGGACCAGUCGCCGAGUAUGUCGACAUCCUUUCUGCGCUGGCCGUGUGCAAUGGAGUCCCCAUGAAAGACAACCAAAAUGCCAUCAGCUUACAACUGUUGGCCAGCCAUCGAAAACCCCAUGUCGUCGACUCUGCGCUCGAUCUGUCCGCUGUGACCAACGACAGUGAUGGUGUAGCUGCCUUGGACACACUGCUCGAGCCGCCCAAGACCGAUAUGCUUCGUGUCCCUCGCAAAGCCCUCUUUGACCGAGACGACUCUGUCACCCAAGGCGCAGCGGACCGACAACCAAGUCGCAUCCAUUCGAUUCAAGAACGUAUUUUGAGCCUAGUUGGCCGCUUCGCCACCGUAGUCGGCGACGACGCUUCCACAAGGUUGCCAACGUUGACUGCAGUCCCAUUUGUCUUGACACAGAAAGCGACGACUCAUGGAGUCGCCCAGACGUUCGGCACCAUCGAAGCGUCGCCCAGGCCUGUCUUGUACCAGGCCAAACUGUUGGAACUCCUGGCAAACCUCACGUUGGGUGCCAACUUUGUGUGCGAAGCUCGGCUGCAGGGGCUCAUCCCCCUGGACUCGCUCGUCCGCGCCCUCCUUCGGAAGGGAUUGCCAUUGCCGCUCAAGUGCAAACUUGUCAAGGUGCUCCAUGAAGGCUGGCUACACACCGAACAGUUUGUCGCCGAAGUCGCGGGGAGCCACACACUCGUUCAAUUCAUUGCGUGCCAACCAUCGAUUCUUCGGGCCAUGGUACAGCGCGCCAGGUCAAGCGAUGAAAGCCAUUCCACUUCACACGAAGCCUUGUUUGUGCUGGACAGUCUCCUCCCCAUGCUGGUGCACUAUUUUCGCCAUCAUUGCGACGGCGAAGUGAAGCAUGAUCUCGUCGGACCUCUCAAAGACCUGGUCGACAUCUUUUCAAGCGUUGUGCAAACUACCCCACCGAGGCAUCCAUGGUUGGGCAACAUGACUGCCGCCACCGUCGACGCGAUUCAUGCGUUCGUUGACGUGGCCAGCACAUUGUUGCGUCAGCCACGGAUGGCGCUUCCAGCCCCAUCGACGUCCACACUUGCGGCGAGUCGUGGCAGCGGCGGGCUGUCGGAGGCGCAGUCGGCGCUCAAGGCGUUUGCAAAGUGGUUGCAUGUCGCUCCGUUCUACGUAGCUGCCAUCGACCGCGACAAGCGCGUCAUGCUCGAUGCGUUCAUGCACACGAAUACGGCAGACCCGCCUCGGCGAACAACCAUAUCAGCGCGACUUUCCGUUGUCCGAGUGCAUCCAACCAAGAAGGGGAGCAGCGCACCGCCCGGAAUCGACGCCAAGUACCUCGUCGCGCGGCUCAUUGCGCAUGCAAACAACAGCGAGAUCCGUCUUGGCCAACCGGCUCAUCAUUCGACGCUCGAGAUCCUGACGAUCUUGGAGCAAGUGUCGUCUUCGAAUGCAACGCAAGCGCUCGUGCAUCUCCUCGGCGCACCCAAGAUGAUGGUCGAACUGGGGUGCCGCGCACACGAUCACGACGUGGCUACCCACAAGGCGCUCGUUUUGUUGGCCAUGUCGCUGCUUCGCCAUGGGGGAUUCGAUGCGCAGGAGCAAUUCUUCGCGUUGUUGAGUAUGGGGGCGAAUGUCAAGUGGUUUGAUCGCGUCGGCAAGUACCUCCGUGCGGCGAUUGCCGCCGUCGACACCAGGCAUCCAUCGGAGGGCCAGCAGGAUCUCGAUCGCAACGCAGGAACGACGAAUCUCUUGGAAAUGCUGCGGUUGCUGUGCGAAGGACACCACUCCAAGUUUCAAAACCUCCUGCGGCACCAGCCAUGCAGUCACCCGUCCGUUAACGUCGUCGAGCUCGUCGUGGUGCUCUUUAACGAGUUGGUACGGACGCUGACACCGACGUCGGUUCCUGUGCUCCUCAAGACGUUUCAAGCCAUCGUCGAGUUUAUUCAAGGACCAUGCGAAGGCAACCAACUUGCCGUAAUCGAUCCGUCCGAACUCCACGGAGGCACCUUUCUCGACUCGAUCAAUGUACUCCUGAGCCUGUCCAACGCCGAGCCCGGGUUUGCCCCCGGCGACGUGCACCGCCUCAAAUACAUGUGCUCGCUGGCGCUGGUGGCGCUCGUGGAAGGCCGCACGGACACAAUCAUCCACGAUCGCAUGGCGACUUUGCUUUCGAUGCGUCUGCUCAAGGAGACCCUGGUCGCUGUCUACACGAGCUUUGCGAAGCGGCACGAAGGCCGUUACACGGAAGCCGCGUUCGACCCGGACUUGCUGUCGGCGGAAGGCAGGCAGCGCGACAACUACGUCGUCCGCUUGAUCAAGAUCACGCUUGGCCAGGCGCACAUCCCACCGGCCGACGCGACGCCCGCGACGUCGGCAUCACCAUCCGCGGCGACCUCGACCACGGAAAGAGCCGACGAUACGGGGUUUCCCCGAAACCCGCUGCUCGGGGCACUCCUGCCUGGCCCCACGUCGCCGCCGAUGCAGUUUAUGCUCAACGCAGGAUUUAACAUUUACAUCCUUUUCCACCGCCUCUUGGAAGUCCCGGCGGUCGCGCACAUCCUCCGAUCCAGUCUCAUUCCGUCGGACGGAGACCUUCGAGACUUGGAAGAGUCGCCGCUAGCGUUGAUGAAUCCAAUCGUGGCCGCGUUUAACGCUCGCAGGCGGCUCCAGCGCUUGUCGCAGCUCGUGAAGUCGGACCGAGACGUGUCGUACGUGGAAGCGUACGCGUUUUUUCAUCGGUACUGCGCGUCGGUGGAGGUUCACGUCGGGGGCGACAAAAGCGGCGACGUCCCGGUCAUUCCGGGCAACAACUUGAAAAGCGCGACGACCGACGGACGGCCACGGCGGCGACUCCAACGAUUCUACUUUCCCAAACCACCCGUGUGCGCAUUCCUGACGUCCGAUAUGCGAAAUGCUGUCAUGGACAACAUCAACCGCGACUCGCCCGCGGAAAAAAUCCAAGAUCUGUUUCAGCGGUCCGACGCGAUCAUUGCGGAAAUGACGCACCGGUACUUGAUGUCGUUUGCGGGCGAUAAGCUCUUCACGUGGGGCAAAUUGCUCUCGUUCGGGUUCGCCAUCGUGCUCAACAUGCUCCUCAUUGCGUGCUACGUCGACAUGGGAGACCCUCGUUUUGAGAGUCUUGCGCUGGCAUUCCAGAGCCCCGACGACGCGUACUAUCACAUUGGGUGCGUCGGAGCCAUCGGCGGCGUCCCCAUCACGUCCAUCAUCCGCGUGUUUGGUCUCUUCCAAGUCAUUGUGUCUGUCGGCAUCGUCCUCUUGUACGCGUUCACAUAUGGCCCGCUGAUCAUGCUGGAAGGAUGGAAGCGCCACGCUGGCAAGGCCAAGAAGGCGGUGGCGUCGACAUCGGCGUCUCUCUUGCACGAGGCGGGUGCACCAUUUCGAUCUCCGUCGUCCCAAUCGAUUGCAGCCGUACGUGUCGAUCGGCGCGCGGUCGUGCCGGUGUGGGACCGCCGCGUGGGUUAAGGACUGGCUCGUGUGUAGCUUGGAGCCACCUCGCCGUCCGCCACGGCGUACUCGUUGACGAUAGGCGGCGUGCAUUUCGAGAACGUCCGACCAGCCAACAUUGGGCGAUCGCUUGUGUUUUUGCUGCUGAACCCGGUGUAUGUGUAUUACGUCGUGUACUUGAGCAUGGCGAUCAUGGGCUUUGCCGGGCACAACUUUUUCUUUGCGUUCCACUUGUUUGACAUCCUCCUGCGGUCGGUCUCGCCCGUUCCUCGUCCCGCUGCGGUUCCGACGUGGGUGACGUAGGUUCCCGGAGCUCACGAUCAUCGUGCAUGCCGUCGCGUGGCCGUGGAAGAGCCUCGUCCUGUCGUUCUGCCUCAUGAUGAUAGCCAUCUACAUCUUUGCCAUCGUCGGGUUCACGUACUUUCGGCAUCAGUACCCGACCGUUGCGUCGAGCGCGGCCAACUCGACCGACACAAUUGCCGAGUGCGGGAUGCUGCUGUCGUGCUACCUCACGACAUUUGACCAGACGUUCAAAAACAACGGCGGCAUUGGGUCGUACAUGGCGACGCAAACCCCCGACGACAUCAUGAACUGGGGCCCGCGCCUUGUGUUCGACAACUUGUUCAACAUAGUGAUCUUGCUCAUCAUCGUGAAUAUCUUUUUUGGCAUCAUCAUCGACACGUGCGCGAUCGGUGUCCCGUCUAUGGCCUGAUCGUGCGACGGACGCGUAGGUUUGGCGACCAGCGCAGCCGCAUGGAAGCGCGCGCGAACGACAUCGCGGGCAAGUGCUUUGUGUGCAGCUUGAGCCGCGAAACAUUUGACCGGGUCGCUCCCCUGGGGUUUGAGCACCACAUCAGGAACGAGCACAACCUGUGGAACUAUGUGUUUUUAGUCGCCCAUCUUCGUUUCAAGAGCGAAAACGAAUUCGACGGCGUCGAGCAAUACCUCUGGCGAUGCAUCCGAUACGAAGACUAUUCCUUUGUCCCGUUGUACCAUGCUCUCGCCCUCAAGCACGACGCGUCCGUCAAACAUGACAGUGCUUGACCGCGUGUCGUCCAUGUAAAGCGUGCAAUCGAAGGAAGCACAUCGCUUUUCUUGGUGUCCCUACGCGACGACCGUCGUGGAAUGAUGCGAUGGGGUGCACGGUGUUCGUGAAUGGAAGCAGUCCACCAUCCCAACGAGGGAGAGCUGCACAUGGUGCAGGUAUUCAUUGCGCCGCGUGCUGACGGUCGAACUGACCCAUGGAGACCUGGCCAACCCCAGAUGUGGCAUGUCAAGCCGGCACACGUUCAACAUUGAGAGUUGCGAGUGCUUGUCGAGGGGUUGCAGCGCCUUGCCGACACUUCUCAUAUGUCCGAACAUCCGUUUGAAUUGUCGGUAAG